AUGUACGAUGUUACUCCAUGUUAUCCAGAUAUUGAUCAAUCAUUGGAUCGUUAUUUUAAGAAAUAUAAAAACAAAUAUUCGAUGUUGUUGAAUUAUCAUCCGAAAAUCGAUUGUAAUCACGGUCGAUAUCUAUUGAUAAACAAUGCUCGAUCAUCACGUGUUUAUCACGGUACAGGAUCAAUUUUAAUGUGGUAUUUAGGUGUGUUGAAUAUCGCGUAUCAACUGAAUUUAACUUUAAUCCAAUUCGAUUGGAUCGCUGAACAUUCUGAUGACGAAAAUAACGUUGAAAGAGAAAAAUAUUGGUUAUUUUCCGAAUGGCAAAUUCCCUAUUCAGCAUAUCAAUCAUGUCCACAGAAUUCUUCGAUAAAAAAGAAUAUUUUCUCUUACAAUUUAAUACCAAAUCAAACAUUAGAUCAACAUCAUCAAGGUAAACAAUCUUUUACAAUCAAAUCUCAUCUACACGAGUCUUUCUCGGCAUUUUUAACAAAUUUAACCAAUGAAAAUGAUGGUUUCACAUUCUAUUCAAGUCAAACAAUCACUAUAACUUCGUCAUUGAUGGAAUUAGGAAUUGUUAUGGAAAUCCGCUGGUGGUUACAACAUCGUAAAUCGUUUCGAUAUCCUUAUGGAGUUUGGGCAGGAAUUUCCAUUCCUUUGCACAAUCAACCAAUCGAUUAUUUUUCUCAUUUAAACCAAAAAUCGCCAAUAAAAUGUCGUUCAAUUGAUUUGAAGAAAAGUUUCUUAAUCGGUGUUCAUAUUCGUCAUGGUGAUGUUGUUAAACGUGAUGCACAAGGUCGAAUUCUCUCGGGUAAUCUUUAUCGUUAUAUUUCUCAUUCUGCUUAUGCACCACUUUUAACAUUUCUAAUCCAAUCUUUACCUAAUGAAAUUCGAAAGAAAUAUUUUCUCACGAUUUACAGCGAAGGUCAUGAAAGUGAUUUUAAUGAUAUUCUGAAUGAAUUGAAAGAAAUUCUUCCGGAAUUACAAUGUCGAAUGUUAUUGAUUUUAAAUGGUCGAACUUCGGAGACAUUUAAUCGUUUGUUACGUGAUGAUAUUUUAAUUCAUGCAUUCAGUACAUUUAGUUUGGCUUCGGGAAUCUUCAAUAGUCGACAAUUAAAAAUUGGACCAAAACAUAAUCAAGGACGAGUUCAUGGAAUGAGAAAUUUUCUUCAAUUAAAUUUAGAUUUUAAUCACACAAAGUUUCAAUUAACGAAUGAGAAACAAAUUUUGAUUCGAAAAAGAAUUCGUUACGUUUGGAAUGAAAAACAAAAGCAAAAAGAAACAUUUGUUCCCUUGUGGACAAAAAGUGGACUUUGUGGAUUAAUUCUUAAUGCGAUUAUUGGACUUUUUCAUCGAAGAAAAUAG